AUGAGAGCCGUAGCAGACGUCAUCGCUCGCAACGCAGAAGAUUUAGUAUUCAUCCAAAUGGAUGCCAUCUUGGGAGACCUGAGAGCAGCGGGCAUAAUACAAUAUCAAGAAUACCUCGAUGUAAUGGAGCAGUCCACCCAGAAGAAGUUACUCCUCCUGCAGGAGACCCUGCCGCGUCGGGGGGACGAUGCCUUCCCCAAGUUCCUCGAAUGCCUCCGGCAACGACGGCACGUGGUGCUUGCGGAUAGGAUGGAGAGGGAGUGGCGCUCCUUGCUGAAUGGGUGCGGUUCUAGGUCUAUAGCAGGAGAUGAGGAACCAUCAGGGGGAAAUUCUGUUGCCACAUCACGAGCAGCCGACGCUGCCACGCCGACACCGACAGGGAAUACAGUUACGGCCCCAAAUGGAGAGACUGCCGAUGAUACCAAGAACAGCGGGUCUCAAAAUCCAGAGAAGAACCCCGUCCAAAAAUUGAAGGAACUCAGUGAAAAGAAUGGUUGGGGACAGCCCAAAUAUGUUGACGUUGGAGAAAGCGGUGCAGCGCAUGAUAAAAUGUUCAUCGUGAAGGUCGUGGUGAAUGACAAGGAGUAUCAACCUCCCAAGCCGGGCAAAAGCAAGAAGGAGGCACGGGCUAUAGCUGCCUCCUUUUGUCUGGAGAGCCUCGUUUGAUGAAUUGAUUAUCCUAUGAGGGUCGCAUAAUUCACAUUUUCAAAUACUUUAGCUUCAUCAUUAACCUGAUGCAGUGCGCGAGGCUGCUUUCACGAAGUUGUCUUGCUUCAAAACAAUUGCUUGCUUGUGGGCUACUUCAGAGUCCUUGGCUGAGUGUCAUCCGGUAUUAAAUCGGUUAACAGAUAUUAAAUACUUUUCCUCACAAAUAACAUUGCGUUUCACGACUAAGUAAUACGGAUAAAUGCGUGAAGAAAUCAUUGAAACCAGGC